AGAGUGGGUCUUUUGUCUCGUGGCGAUGAUCACUCUCUGCCAUAUAAUAAUAGAGACGCCGAUAUGCGGCAUCAGUAUAGCCUCAGCAUGGGCAAGUACACGUUCACACUUGCACUAUUCGUGCUCUCAAUUGAAAACCUUGCGCUGGCCAAGCUGGGUGCCCCGGGAGGACUACGCAAGCUCCACUACGAUGUACCGGACGCUUUCGAGGUGAUGUCUCGAUAUAAAUAUGCUGUUGCAAUAUCUGACUUUGAUAACGACACCAUCUUCGACUGCCUCGCUGCCAACCGAACUGAUAUUGAUUAUGAAGCGAAAACAGCCACGUACGUCUGGAUGUUUAAAGGUCAAGAACCCAGGGACGAAGUAUCCUUCCUAACGAUGCCUGGCCCUACACCUGGAACACUAGACUUGAUGGUGGGUGAUGAUCCGUCCGUGAAGGAAGCCAUACUCUACUACACAGACGACAACUGCUCUGUUAUGGACAUCGAAUAUGACGGACACCGUUGCAUUUUAUGGUUGAAGCCGUACCUCAAGGACGCGGUGCCUCAAGCGUGCAUCGACCAUUUCGUGGACACGUGCGGAGUGGUCGUUUUCCCGAAUAGAAGCGACCUGUGUGAUGACGGCGACGGUGACUAUUAGAAUGUCUUGACUGAAUGCCGCGCCUGCACGUACGAUACAAAGGCGGCUCGCAGUACGAUGCGAAGAGGAACUUCAGAAAUUAUUUAAGGGCUUCUUUCUUUUUGUGUGAGACACAACCUAAUGAAAACAGAUAGAUAAUGAAGUCAAUGCAGGUAGAGGGAAUGCUGUUUGUUGUCGCUUAACUGUAUUGUAUUAGUUAUGAUAUAAAUGCGACGACAUUAAUGCGGAUGAAAAGACAACUUGGCCCCAUCCAUUUGUCAACAAAGAACGCCCCGAAUACAAAUAACGUCCAUAUAGCAUCCUUGGCCUGAUUGUCUGUUGGUUUCCUAAUAGAAACUUUCGAUCCCUGCUACAUGAUAAUAAAAUGCGAAAUAAUAUAAUUCACUAGUGUAAACAUUUUCAUGUAGUCAAGGCUUUCAGCACGAAAAAUUCACGUUGGGCAAAAUAUCACGCCGACGUGGUCCUUAUCGGCUGAAUGCCAAGCUCGACAUCAACUCC